CUGAGAUCCCGAUCAUCAAUUAUCAUUAUUUAUCAAAAAAGCAAAAUCCAAAAUCCAAAUUAACACUUUUCCUUUCCAAUCGCCGCUAUAAAACCCCCAGAAAAUCUCUCCCAGUCCCACCAAAAAGUCAAAACUCAACGAUGUUUCUUUUUUCGUUCGAUGAUCCUUACAGAUAAUUCCAAACGACAUCCUUGUUGUUGUUGAAUAUGGUUUUACUGAUCCCUAUGAUCAUAUUUCCUGUAUAUCAUACGAGCUUUUCCCGAGUAAUUUCCAUUUGUAGGUUUGCUAAGAGAAAGGAAUUGUUAUUGCGUUUGACAAAAGAUUCGGCCUUCAUAAACCUUCUUCAUUUCAAGUCAAACUCCACCUUAACUACCAAUUGUUAGAAUUAUAAUCUAGACUUGUUCUAUAAACUAUAGUUAGUAUCAAUUAAUGGUAAGCAGUUAAAUGGGUGGUUAACUUAGUUAUGUUGUUAGUUAUCUAGGAAAAGAUCAUGCAGUGGUUUGAAGGGUUGUAUCGUUUGGUACUAGAGCCUAUAAAUAUGUAUCAAAUGUAUCUAAUUAUGUGUUGAGUUAAUAAAAUAAUAAUUAGUGUGUUUCUUGUGUAAAGAAACUCCCCUUUACAUUCUUCCCGAUGCACAUGAACUUGCAAGUUCUGAUAUGUUAGAUUAAAUCCAACAAAUGCUUGCAUGAUGAUCGGUAAAAAUGAUCUUCCAUGAAUUUGUUGUUACAGAAACUUGAUGAAAGAUUGAAACUGAUUAUUAACUUCAACACCAACUACAUGCUUUCUAAUCUAAAAACUUUUGCAAUCAAAGCAUCUGAAUAUUUUGGGCAACGUUAACAACUUUGAACUUCGACCCAUCACCAGUUUAGCAAAUUAACAUGGGAGACCUAUUACCAAAUGGCGACUUGAUAAAGAGUUUAGAUUCAGUUAGAUGGUUAAAAGCAGAAGAGAGAACAGCAGAGCUUAUCGCCUGCAUUCAACCAAAUCAGGCAUCUGAAGAACAAAGGAAUGCUGUAGCGGGUUAUAUACAAAGACUUAUUAUCAACUGCUUUCCCUGCCAGGUUUUGACAUUGGUGUCUGUACCCCUUAAGACGUAUCUACCUGAUGGAGAUAUUAACUUAACAGUCGUCACUAAAAGUGCAAACUUCAGAGAGUCAUUGCCUAGUGAGGUCCGUGAUAUGUUGGAGACUGAGGAGAAAAAUGAGAAUGCCGAAUUUCAUGUGAUGGAGGUUCAGUACGUUCAAGCAGAAGAGAAGAUUAUAAAAUGCCUUGUUGACAUCAGUGUGGUAUAUAUAUCAUUUAAUCAGCUUGGAGGAUUAUGCAAUCUUUGCUUUCUUGAGGAGGCUGAUAAUCUCAUAAACCAAAACCAUUUGUUUAAGCGUAGCAUUAUAUUGAUCAAAGCAUGGUGUUUCUAUGAGAGCAGGAUACUUGGUGUUCAUUAUGGGCUCAUAUCAACAUAUGCCCUUGAGAUCUUGGUUCUAUAUAUAUUCCAUGUUUACGACAAUCGUUUUGUUGGUCCUCUUGAGGUACUUUAUCGUUUUCUAGAGCAGUUUAGCAAAUUCGACUGGGAUUGUUAUGGUGUUAGCCUAUGGGGUCCUUUGGAACUUAUGUCACUUCCAGAUGUGAUUGCGGAGCCUUUUCGUAUGGAGAGUGAAAAGUUGCUUCUAAAAGAUGCAUUUCUUACUACUUGUAGCUCCGUGUCUAAACUCUUUCCUGGUGGUCAGGACUACGUAGAGGAAGUUUUUAGUAGGAAAUAUUUUAAUGUUAUUGAUCCGUUUCGUGUGACAAAUAAUCUGGGUCGCAGUGUCACUAAAGGUAAUUUUUUCAGAAUUCGCAGUGCGUUUGCUUAUGGGGCUGAAACGAUGGUAAGAUUACUAGAUUGCCCUCAGGAAGAUCUAGUGACUGAAGUAAAUAUGUUUUUUGUUAAUACAUGGAAACGACAUGGCAGUAUCGUUCGUGAGGGUACAGGUUAAUAUUUUAUGGACUUAUACUUUUAUGUAACCAACUUUGUCGACACUGUUGCGGAUUAUGGAAAUCUUCUUCUAUGGUAAUAAAUUUGUAAUAACUCUUUAAUACCUUCGUACAUAUGUGUAGAUAAUCAUAUUUCCAUCAUCAAUAAUGCCAAAUGCUAGAUACGAUUCAGACAAUCUUAUGUUUGACCAAAUUUCCAUAAAGACAAUCACUUGAUUUCUUGGAAUUUCACCACAAGAAAAAGGUGCAUUUCGGACAACAGAAUUCAUUGGUAUUCAGUGGAGAUGGCUGUUAGUGACGGAUUUGAGGCUAUUGAAUUUCAGCUCGUGGGUAAUCUUUACCGAUGGAUAUGGAUUGCCGACGGAUAUACCGACGACACAAUGAAUGGCCGAUGGAAUAGCAAUGGAUUAUUGAUUAAAAGCAUUUGAUCUGUUUUGGCCAAUUAAUAAGGGAUAGCCGACGGAACCUUUUAAUGAUGGAAAUUUCUUCACUAUAUGUUGGUAAUUUAAAUUUAUUUAAAAAAAGUAGUGAAAUUUUAAAAAUUCUAGUAA